AACAAAUUAUUUGUAAUGAGUUAUCCCACAAAGAACAAUAAUGGGGCACUAUCAUAUGGAGAUACUGAUGCUGAUGAUGCACCACCAAGUCUGCAGCCGGACAAGCCACCUCCAGGUCCAUCCGAUAAUGAAGCCAUCCCUGAACCGAGGGUUAGGCCUUCCCGAUACAUAACAACCACCGAGGAUGACAAGGAUUCGGGCUUCGAAAAGAUCGCCGUCUACCUGUCUGUGUUCUUCGUAAUUAUCACAUUUCCCUUGUCGAUCUUCUUGUGCCUGAUUGUGGUAAAGGAGUACCAUCGGGUGCUGGUCUUUCGACUGGGCAGGGUCAGGAAGGGUAUCAGGGGACCAGGCCUCGUGUGGACUCUGCCGUGCAUCGACGACUUUAUAAAGGUAGAUCUACGCACCUUCGCUACCGAGGUGCCCUCCCAGGACAUCCUCACCAGAGACUCAGUGACGAUUUCCGUGGACGCAGUGCUGUACUACUGCAUCAAGGAUCCCAUGGAUGCCCUCAUUCAGGUGGAUGAUGCGAAGGAGGCUACCGUGCUGAUAGCCCAGACCACUCUGAGGCACAUAGUCGGAGCCAAGCCACUCCACACCCUUCUCACCUCGAGGGACACCCUGUCCAAGGAGAUCCAGGUUGCCGUCGAUGAGAUCACGGAACGAUGGGGAGUGCGAGUGGAGAGAGUGGAUGUGAUGGAUAUCAGCCUGCCUCUGGUUAUGCAGCGAUCCUUGGCCAGCGAGGCAGAGGCAGUUAGGGAGGCGCGGGCGAAGAUCAUUUCAGCGGAGGGCGAGCGGAAUGCCUCGCAGGCGUUGAAGGAGGCAUCCGAUGUUAUGUCUCAGAACAAGAUCACCUUGCAGCUGAGACAUCUUCAGAUCCUUACCGCCAUCGCAGCCGAACAUAACUGCACGAUUAUUUUUCCCUUCCCCAUGGAAGUAAUGACUGCAUUUGGCUUCGUAGAAGGAUCCUCUAAGAGCAAGCCCAAGCCAGAUGGGAAAGAUGGCGAUGGGAAAAACCAACCAUCAGAUUUUUAUCAAUUGGGAGAUUUUACGCCGAAGAUCAUUAUUCCAGAACCAGCAAAUCUCCCAGCAGACCUCCGUUUGGAGGAGACGUUUGGAGAAGAACAACAAGAAACGAAUGAACCAGAAAGGAAAGCAGAAGACUCAGAAUUGAUCCAUGAAGAACCAGGAGCUGUUAAUGAUAUAGCGGCUGAGAAUGAUCACAGAAAUGAUAAUGCGAAGAACGAAAAGAAAUUGGAAGGCUCAGAAUCGAUUCAGCCCGAAAAAGGUGAUGUGAAUGAUAGUGGUAACUUCACGAGUAUGCCUUUGAGGCUUACCCGUCUAAUUUCACCAACUUUUAGACGUUCCCAUGCCAGGACCGGAGUCGAGACUGAAACUGAUCCUCCAGCCACUGCCGAAGCUGAUCAAAACCGAAAACACCAAGCUAGAAAUGAGUUCAGCUAUUAUUCCAUAAUUCCCGAGAAAAAAGAGGAACCAAAUAGAAAUAUUAAAACUAGUUCAAAUACAAAAUCAAAUCCAAAACCGCCAAAACCGCCUUCACCUUCACCACCGCCUCCGUCCGCGCCUUCAGCACCGCCCUGGAAUCCUUGGGAUAUUUAUUAGUAGUGAAUUGGUUUU